AUGGAAUUAGAGCAUUGGCAGCUUGUUCAAAAUUUUAUUCCUCGUUCAGACAUCUUGAGGAUUGUGCUUAUAGGGGAAACUGGUGCUGGGAAGAGUUCAAGCGGAAAUACCAUCUUUGGAAGAAGAGUGUUCACGACUAAAUCUUCUGAUAGAGACAUCAGUGUUGGUUGUGUACAGGACAUCACAUGUCAUAAUGGUCAAUGGCUGUCUAUCGUGGAUACACCAGGGUUUUUUGACCCCAAUAAAUCCAAUGUGGAGGUGGAGAGAGAGAUCGCUAAUGGCGUAGCAUUAGCUGCUCCUGGUCCUCACGUGUUACUGCUAGUACUUCGACCAGACGGAAUCAAAUACAAAGAACAAACAGAACGGGAAACUGUGAAAAUGAUUGAGAAGAUUUUUGGGAAAGGGGCAUUGUGUUAUACUAUGGUCCUGUUCACCCAUGGAGAUGAUCUGGGGCAUGGCAGGACAAUAAAAGAAUUGAUUGAUCUGGAACAUGGCAAGACCAUAGAAGAUUUCAUUGAUCAAAGUCCAGAUCUCGGUGCCCUUAUCAGUCAGUGUGGUGGAGGGUACCAUGUCUUCAACAACAGAGACGAGGAUCCGUCUCAGGUCAGAGAGCUGCUGAAGAAGAUCAACACAAUGGUGCAGAGUAAUGGAGGAAUGUUGAGUACCGGUAUCUGA